UGCAAGUUGUUGAGCACUAAGCGCUAAGAAAUAUGUAAACAAAACAGUUGGGGAAAAUCGCAGAAAAAUCAUUAAAAUCCACGCAAAAAACUAGCAUUAGAGUGUGUAAGGGAAGUUGUAGUGUCAAUUGCACAGGUGAAACUACCGGAAGAUAUAUGUGAAGUGGAUUGUAGAGAAGGAGUCUGGCAAAAAAAUCUAUAUGCAAAGGCUGCCCGAUCCGAUCACAUCCCCGCGACGGUAGCAAACUGUUGACCCCAGGCCAAGCGCCACCCCACGACACACACAGAGAAGUAGGUCUUGUGGCACAUACAUGCGCAUGUAUAUGCAACGCAAUCAACGCCCCCAAACCGUCCCGAUUCGUCAUCGAUUUACGCGGUGGCCCAAGCGACACAAUGGAAUGGAUGUUACUCCGUUGAAAAUAAAACAAACCUAAUUGAUAGCGAACGAAAGCGAUUGGAAUGUUGCCCUUGGAGCAGAAAUAGAAAUUGAUUUGUGUACCUGCUCGAAAAUGCGCAUUUCAUAAGUUGCACAGCAGAACUGCAUAAAAAGAAUCGCAGACGAAGACUCCACACACACACACACGCACAACCACACACAGAGAGAAAGGAAAGCGAAGAAAAUCCUCGGCCCAACGGCAACCUUGAGCGGCCACAAUGGAUGAUAAUCUCAGCACAAAGUCGUCGGAGUCCUCGAUAACGACCAGCGGGGAAUACGAAAUAGUCACCGACAGCAAUGUCGCCAGUCCCACGGAUCAGUCAAAGCGAGCUGUGGCCCCGGAGCCGAAGGAACCAGGCGCAGGCAAGCCACCCACUUCGCUGAGUGCCUUGGCGCUGUCCUCUCCCGAGGGAGGCGGUGAUCGAUCCCCCACGCUGGACAUGGCACACAAUCGAAACUUGAGCGAUAUUCAGCACGAAAUGACGGACGCCCUGCGGGACCUGGAGCUGGAGCGCGGUGUAGCUGCCGGCGAUAAGACGACCCAGCGUGUACCGAAUCAUCAGCAAAAGUCUCUGACCCUGCCAUUAACUGGCACUGGCACUGGCACGGGCACGGGCACAGACCCCGAGAUGCGUUUCCCCUGCAACAUAUUUACGCCCAAGAGCGAGGAGGCUGUGGACGAUGCCUCCCACUCAGAUGCACACAAUCGUGUUGGCCAUUCAGUGUUCUAUGACUGCAUUGAUGCGAGUCCUGCCUGCGUGGAGGAGAAGCAGGAUGCCAUGAAGCCUGAGAAAGGCGAUACAACCGACGAAGAGGUUUCAGAGAUCGAUCAGGGCUGUACCAUUUUCUCGGGCGUCACCUACCUGGGUGCCGCAAACAUCAAUGCACCCAAAUCCGAGACAGAUGUCUAUCGCAUUAUGAACGAGCUGAACAGUGGCUCAAAGUCUGUGGGACUCAAGAUUACCGUCAGCAUUCCCAUCUGCUCUGAUGGUCUGGUCGUGCUUCAUGACGCUGAGAGCAAUACGAUUAUAGCUACCUACGAGAUAUCCAGCAUUAUUUUGUACUAUCGCGGACCCGUGGACACGGCGGAGAAUGGUUGCUUUGCCUUCACUUGGCUGCACGGGGAUGCCUUGUUCCAGUGCCAUGUGUUUCGUUGCCAUAUACCCGAGGCGGUGAAUCAAGUGAGCGCCUGCUUCCAGAAAGCAUUCCAAACGUAUCCGCCCAGCAUGAGCUGCAGCCUCACAUCGGCCGUGGACAUGGCCAACUCUGUGACAUCGGAUGUGAGCGGAAAUCCACUCAACACGGCUGGCUACGAGUUCAUUGUCUCCCUGGAGAUACGCGAAAAGGUGGCCAAGAACUCGUACGCUUCCGUACCCCGGGAUCGGGGCUGCUUCAAGCUGCGAGCGAAUACGGAUAAAGAAGUGUGCAUUACCGUGAAGCAAACGCCCUCCAAUGUGCUCCAGCCCCUGUACAUUGAGCGCUGCUUUGGUGUGCUGGUGGCCCCUGGCAAACUGGUUGUCCAGAAGGAUAUGCAUCUGAUUGAUCUGCUCAACAUGGGCUAUGUGACAGCGCCAGGAGCGCCAGCAGCAGCAGCUGGAGGAGGAGCAGCAGCAGCGUCAUCAGCUGGAGGGGGAGGAGCAGCAGCGGCAGAGUCCGAGAAUAAUCUGGCGCUAAAUUCUUGCCUGCCCUAUGCCAUACGAGCCGAGUGGAAGGCCCAGGAGAAGGCCUUCGAGCAGCUGAAUCUAGAGACGUCCAAAACCAAUCUGACCGUGGCCGUGGACAUUGUGAUGCGUGGCAUCCAGGAGCCAGUCCGGUUCGUGAUUGAAACCCCAGUGACCAUACAGUCGGCCAGCGAGAUGCGCAUCAUGGAUCACUUCAUGUCCAAGCGCCCAAUGACGCUGCGCUUCUACUUGCAUCUCAAGCGCACCGAUGAGCUCAAUUGGAAGGUGAACAGCAUAGAUCCCUCCGAGGAGAUCACCGAUCAUCCGGGCCCACAGGCAGCCUCCUCGUCCCUGCUUAAGAUGGGCAUGAACAAUCUGUCGCGCAUUGUGCGCAGCACGUCCAUUGCCUCCAUUGAGGAUGAUUGCCCCACAGACUACAGCAGCGAUGGCGAUGAGCCGCUGCUGAGCGGCACUGGCGAGGUGUCCAAGGACUGCUCGCAGGAUACGCUCGAUGAAUGGGAUCCCAUACUGCGGGAAUGGGACAGCGAGAAGCGGCCCAAGCAUCUGGCUCCGCUCGUGCGUCUCGGUGUCCCAGAGGCAUUGCGUGAGAAGAUCUGGCAGAAGCUGGCCAGUGUCGAGGGCAAGGUGGAGAUGAACGACAUGUACAAGAUUCUCAUCACCAAAGAAACCAAAUGCGAGACUGUCAUUCAGCGGGACAUACAUCGCACUUUUCCGGCGCACAAAUGCUUCAAGGAGACCGGCGGCUCCGGCCAGGAUGCGCUCUUCAAGGUGUCCAAGGCGUAUGCUGUCCACGACAGCGAAGUUGGCUACUGCCAGGGCCUCAGCUUCAUAGCAGCCAGUCUGCUUCUGCAUAUGCCCGAGGAAGAUGCCUUCUGUGUCUUGGUGGCACUCAUGUAUGACUACGGGCUUCGCGAUCUCUACAAGGCAGGCUUUGAGGUGCUGUAUCUGCGGCUGUAUCAGCUGGAGCGGCUCAUCAAGGAUCAGCUGCCCAAGCUGCAUGAGCAUUUCACGGCCUGCGGCAUUGAGACGCACAUGUACGCCUCCCAAUGGUUCCUCACGCUGUACACGGCCCGCUUUCCGCUCUGCUUUGUGUUCCACGUACUGGACGUAUUCCUACUGGACGGCUUGCCUGUGCUCUUCCAGGUGGCUGUGACACUGCUAUCCAUCUGUGAGUCCGAUCUGCGACAGCUGGACUUCGAGGGCAUACUCAAGUACUUCAGGGUAACGCUGCCCAAGAAGUGCCGCAGCUCCAGCCAGGCGCGCAAAGUGAUGAAGCAGGCGUGCGAGCGCAAGAUCAAGAAACUGAAGCAAUAUGAGGAGGAGUUCCUGCUGAAGAAGCAGCACAAAGAGCGCCUGGAGAAGGAGGCGCAGAUCUAUGAGAACCGAUUCGGCGAGGAGCGACGCAAGCUUCAGGCGGAGAUCGAUACGGUGACCCAACAGCUGGCCGUGGCCAAUGAGCGCGCCGUCGAUAAGGAGAAGAAGCACACUGGCAUCAUACAGGAGUACAAGCAGAUCAUCCAGCGCCAAGAGCAGGACAUGAACACGCUCAGUGAGACGUUGAGCAAGGUGAUGCAAACGGUGUCCAAGUGCCAGCAUUGCCUGCAGCAGAUCGAUGGAUUCGGCAACGAUAAUGCCAGGUCCGGCGAAGGCCGCUCCAGCCGGCAAACGGAUGCCAUGCGCAAUGCCAAUGAGCCGCCUCUGGGGCCAUUGGAUCCACUGAAUGCCGCCUCCCAUCGCAUACGCGAACUGGAACUGGAGCUGGCCCAGGCCAAGCUGGCGCAGGUGGAGGCCGAGUGCAAGAACCAGGAUCUGAACCAUCAGCUCAACAAUACACUCAGCGAGCUGCAGACCAAUCGCAAUAGCUGGCAGCCGUGGCUCUCCAAGACGUUCAAUACGCUGCAGGAGAAGGUGACCACCCGAAGCGGUAAUCGGGACAAUGGCAGUGGCGGACCCACGCCCACAUUCCAGUCGUACAUGGGCCAGCCACCGACCACCCUCAGCGAGGCCAGUUCGCCCAGCGGCAAUCAGGAGUACAAGACAUUUGCAUUUGCCUCGGUGGGCGGAUCGCCGAAGUUGCCCAGCAAAUUUCAGGCCACCAAGCUGCGCAACAGCAUCGACAGCCUGAGGAAUAUUGUGGUGCCGCUGGAGGCCGGCAAAUCGCUGGCCGAGAAUCUCAAACAGCAGCUGGCGCAGCAGCAGCAGCCGCAGUAGAAAACAUUCGGAUCGUGGAUCCUGGCUAGCAGGCACUCCCUCCCACAGCAUUGACUAACACGCCUUGGUAUUAUUUAUCAUAUACGUCUAUAUAGUACAUACAUAUAUAUACAUAUACAUGCUAUAUGCCAUAGUACUCC